AUGUGCAAUGUCCUGAGACUUGCAGGGUACAGGUGGAGGACAGGCCAGCUGACUGAGGAGCUGGAGGAGGGGCAGACAGACAGCCACACUGCCGGAGGAGCCGCUCCACAUUGACCGACAGACAGCCGACUCGACCGCAGCGAACCUGCGACGCAAGCCGCCGCCGCCGCUGCUGCUGCUCCCCGGCAGCGACCAACCGUUUGUCUGUCCGGGAGUUUAGCCGGCUAAGCUAACUAGCUACCUUUUGCUGUGGGACCUACACAUUGCACAGUUGCAAAUCUUUGACCGCAGAGUUAAAUGCGUACUGUAAUCUACUGUUUUAAAGUUGCAUUUUAAAAUGUCUAUAUUACCGUUCACCCCUCCGAUCGUCAAGAGGCUCCUCGGCUGGAAGAAGGGUGAGCAGAACGGGCAAGAGGAGAAAUGGUGCGAAAAGGCUGUCAAAAGUCUAGUGAAGAAGUUGAAGAAGACGGGACAGCUGGACGAGUUGGAAAAGGCAAUCACAACACAGAAUGUCAACACAAAAUGCCUAACCAUACCCAGGUAAGGACACGAACGGGGCUGACAGCCUGACUGCCGACUGCUUAGCUUAGCUUAGCUUAGCUUAGCUCGGCUAGGUGUUGAUGACAGCUGAUAUUAGCCGAGGAGCUAGUUAGCUUGUGCUGUGUUGAAGCUAAGUGGUUAGCUGGUUAAGCGUGUUUCUUUUGUUACUUGUUGGCGAUAACUUUAACAGAUAGCUUUUAAAAUAACCAAGAAGAUAGGAAAAGGUUUAAUAUUAUGAAUUGGGUAUAAAUUUCUCUACCAUAAGCAGAAGUCCCCACAUUAAACGGUUAAUAUCUUACAGCUAACAUUAACUGGUCAGCACAGACUUACAUGCUAUUAAUAAUAUUUAAAUAUGAUUUUAUUAAUGCACUCAAGUAUCAUUUUGAGUGGUGACUUAUGUUUAAUUGGGUUAAUAAUGAUCAGUUUCAGUCACUAUAGGGGAUCGUGGUUUGCCUCAGCCCGUCAAACCACAUUUAAGUCCGUUAUGUCAUAAUAUAGCUUCAUAUUUUAACACGACGAUUUAACCAUACAGAUAUGUGGAUCAUCUAAGCAUUGAGUCUUUCUUAAAUAUCUAAACAAGUUUUAUGAAACGCCAAGCAAAGUCCGUCUGCAGACAUGUUUGGUUAUCUGUAAUACAUGUAACUACAGAGCUAAAUAAAUAAGUUCGACUUUCACGUGUGAUAAAGAGGAGAAAGGGAUGGUUAGGCUCUGACUCAGAGAGGAUGUUUAUGUUUAGACUGUGGUGUGUGAACUCUGAGAAAGUUGGGUUUUAGUUUGGGAUUUCCCAUAUGGGAUACCCCUCAGUAAUUCAUAGUGUGUUGACACAUGAGGCAGAUUGAUGAGGCAGAAUUUUGGUGGCGCACAUGUACAGUUGCAUUCUCUGUGGUUUUAAAAAGCUUGACCUAAAACCAAGAAAAAACUUGACCUAAAACCCAAAUAACUACGCAGGUGAUUUUCUUCAUUAGCUGUACACUCUCUUAAGUCUUGUUUUCUUUGUUCUCCAUGUUAAAUUUGAUUAGCGAGACCUUUAAGGGAACAUUUUAAACGCAAAUGUACAAUAAUGUAGAACUACAGCAAUGGUAAGUAGACUGAGCACAAUGGAUCAUCUUCAAUUAAAACCAUACGCACAAGUACCUUAGUCUUUACAUUUAUCAUUUAUUUUGCUUUGCCUAAAAUAAAUCAGGCAGGUACACAUCUGGGCAAAAAGAAUCAGCCAAUGUAGAGGAAGUGAGGACACAGCCCUGGGUGACUUGUUUAAUUGAUAUGAAUCCUGUAAAGUCUUCUUGUUUCAUCUCUGUUCAAGCUAUGUUCCAUCAGAAAGCUUAUUGGCCUUGUUGCCAGUGAAACUAGGAUUCCCCAUCAUGGUGUGACCAUGGGUGUUGACCUACAUUAUAAACUUCUCUCUGGGUCUUGAGAAUAUGCUGCAGGCUCAUAGAGGGGUGUGGGCCACUGUUUAAAAAUGUGGUUCAAAGUUAGAGGAUUUAGAGACUCUAGGUUUACAGAAUAGCAGCUGUCCUGCUAAACGAGAGGAAUGCAAAGAUUCUGUCACUCUUAGGAGGCCUAAUUUGAUUUGUACUAUAAUGGCCAAUGGUUGUUUCUUAUGGACUGAUGUUCGCAUCUUUUACCAAAACACUGAGUUGAGAAGUGACAUGAAAUCCUGGGACAGUAUUAUAGAAAUAGUAUGAAAUGAGGGUUUGAAGCUGUAUUGAACUGGGGUCAUUAGAAACAUAGUGUGUGUUAUGGUUUGUACUUCAAAGCUAUCAGAUUCUCCUAAAAGAGUGUUUUAGUCCCAUGUUUAUUGUUAAAUUUUUACGCCUAUCCUUGAGUGGAAUACUAAUUUGAAUUUUCCUCUCAGGCGAGGGUAACAGAUCACUUUAAUUUUGAUGUUGUCUUGAGUUUUCCAUGUUUGUUAUAUUCUCAUCACCCUACCCGACAUGUUAAUGAUUAUCUGGAAUGAAAACAUUGGGGUUUGACUCUAGAAGUUGCGGGGUAGAUGCCCUUCAAACACCCACUGAAGUUUCAUUUUGUUCCUAACCCCUAUUCAUUUGUGACGCACUUAACUGGGGGCUGUAUGUUUUGGGUCUUACAGCUUAACUGAGCUUAACUAUUCUUGAGCUCAGCUUCAAAACUGCACCACUACACUAGGUACAUUAGACUCUUUGUACUGAGGAAUAUCCAUGAUCUUUUAUUGUCCCUGCACUGAUUGAAAUCAGCUUUAUGCUGAAUAAGUGGUAAUAAGAAUGAAUGUACUGAUGCCUGCAUUUAAGAGUGGUCUUAUAUGUGCAGUCAUGUAAACUGGGCUGAGGGAAUUUUUGGCCAAAGGUAUCUCAAACUUACAGUUUUUUGACUAUUGAACGAAAAACAAAAAAUUAAACGAGAUCCACGAGGUGAAAUGUUUUUUAACUGGUCUAACAUCAGUGAAAUGUUCAAAGUAAAUCCCUAUAAAACUUCCUUACUUCCUAUAGAACAUUAAACAUUUUGCCAAAAACUUAAACUUCAGCUGAAACCAGAGUGUAAAUCAGAACCUUACACUUAUUUUUUAGGUUUAUUCUGCAUAUUCCUCAGUAACCUUUACAUGUUUGUCUCUCUCAGGUCUUUAGAUGGGCGUCUCCAGGUCUCCCACAGAAAAGGUCUUCCUCAUGUGAUCUACUGUCGCUUAUGGCGCUGGCCAGACCUGCAGUCCCACCAUGAGUUGAGGGCUGUGGACCACUGUGAAUUUGCCUUCCACACAAAGAAGGAUGAGGUUUGCGUCAACCCAUACCACUACCAAAGGGUGGAGACACCAAGUGAGUGCAGUAAAUUACCACAUGAUUCAAAUUACUGUAUUUAAGAUCAUGCUUUUUCCAUAAGGUCGACAGUUUAAAAUCAUACCCUAAUGAGGGCAUGUGCAUGUCUCCAGUUUUGCCUCCUGUCCUGGUACCAAGACAUACAGACAUACCUGCAGAGUUUCCACCUUUGGAUGACUAUAGCCCAUCCAUCCCAGAAAACACCAAUUUUCCCGCUGGCAUUGAGCCCCAGAGUAACUAUAUUCCGGGUGAGGAAAAAAUGCCAUUACUUCAGCGUGUUGAAAGUCUGUAAAGCUGUUAUUUUCAUCAUUAAUUGUCCUUUGAGUGCUUGAAGUUGAAAGCAAAUUUUCACUAAUAAUGUAAUUAUUAUUGCCACUAAUGUCUAAGUCUGACGUUAAUUUUAAUUAAAAAAUGUAUUGACACUUUUUGGUCUAAAUGCAUACGCUUCAGAAACUCCUCCGCCAGGGUAUCUCAGUGAAGAUGGUGAGACAAAUGACCAACAGCACAACCAAAGCAUGGACACAAGUGAGUAAUGUAAAAAAAAAAAAAAAACUUUUUAAGAUCAUGCUGUUAAAUUCUGAAGCUUAAGCCAGUCCUUAAUCUCUGCUCUAUUUCAGGUUCACCCAGCCUGUCGCCGAACCCUGUGUCACCUGCGAACAGCAACCUUGGUAAGAAAAAUAAAAGAGUUCAGUUUCAUAGACAGGAAAUGUCAUUUUUAAUGGGUGUACCAAACUAGCAGUGACAUAUAUGGAAAGGUAACACACAGCUUGUACAAUGUGCAUGCAGUCAUAGACUCUGACAGUCAUGGCUUGACUGUAAAAAAUUAUAGUAGAUUGAUCUACACAUUCAAAUCGUUUAAUAGAAAGUAAACUUAUUUAAUUGUUUAUCAGGUUAGGUUAAAAGUCCAGUUGUUGGUACCCUGUAGAUGUGGCAGUAAGAGCACACAAUUUGGACCAUCUGUAGAGUUCCUUUAACCUGGACUAUCAUGUACAAUGGACCCUUUUCCACCUAACUGUACUGUAGUGAGUAGAACAAACCUAUUGACCCUGUGGUAACAGUGCUGUUCAUAUGAGUGUAGGGCUUCAUAGACAGUCAGGUUGGGAUAUCUUUGUAGGACUGAACAUGUAUGAGUGUGUGAGACAGAUGAGCAUCAUACAGUGGACUUGACUGGGGGGCUCUGCCUCAGGGUUGUAGCUGAGUAAGUAUGGUAUGAAUUGAAUCUUUGUAUAUGUCUGCGGAAGGCUCUGUGUAAUGCAAUAAUAAUACUAUCCAGUUACCAGGUUAUUCUAUCUAUGCAGAGAGCCACCAGGGGUUAUGGUUGAUAAAAUAAAUAUCUGCGUCAUGGCUUUGCUCAGACCGUGAAAGCCGUGGGAACGAUCUUUUGAAAAGACAUGAAAGAGAAGUGCUAUCAGCCGUGCGCAUCUUUGCAAAUAAAAAGUUUCAUGACCACAAAGCGGUUUACCUUUUCUCAUGACCUUCUUGAAUCUUUUUUCAUGGACCCAACUGGAGCGCACACCGUAUGUGCAUUAAUGUCUCUUCGUUUCACUCCUACCAGACUUACAACCUGUUACGUACUGUGAGUCUGCCUUUUGGUGCUCCAUCUCUUACUAUGAGCUAAACCAGCGUGUAGGAGAGACCUUCCACGCCUCACAGCCCUCCUUAACAGUAGACGGAUUCACAGAUCCUUCAAAUUCGGAACGGUUCUGUCUUGGCUUGCUGUCCAACGUCAACCGCAACUCGGCGGUAGAGCUUACACGAAGACACAUAGGUACUUUCUUAAAAUAAUUCUCUUUUACAUUAUCACAAAUAUCUUCAAAUGUACACAGAGCAACAAUGUUCUGUUUUUCUCUUUAGGACGAGGUGUGCGGUUGUACUACAUUGGGGGUGAGGUGUUUGCGGAGUGUCUCAGUGACAGCGCCAUCUUUGUCCAGAGUCCCAACUGCAACCAACGCUAUGGCUGGCAUCCUGCUACUGUCUGCAAAAUACCCCCAGGUUAGCAUGAGUGGAUGCACACAAAUACAUGGACCCAUCAGGAAAAAAUACCGCAGUUCUCUUCACCCACUGACACGUUUUCUUGUAUGUUUGUUUUCUGUGCUUGUGAGCCUCACAAAAAUCUUUUCUGGAUUUUAAUUUGCAGGCUGCAACCUGAAGAUCUUUAAUAACCAGGAGUUUGCUGCCCUGCUCGCCCAGUCAGUGAACCAGGGUUUUGAGGCUGUUUACCAGCUCACCAGGAUGUGCACCAUACGUAUGAGUUUUGUCAAGGGUUGGGGAGCCGAGUACAGGUAAACAAAUAUUUUUCAAAACCGGAAAUAAAAUAUUUGAAUUAAUUUAUUUAAAGAUGUAGUUGACCAAGUAUGUGUUAACAUAGUUAUAGACUUAAAUUUGGUGAUAAUAAGAUAUUUGCAUUGAUUGGAAGACGAAGGAGGAUCAGCAAAGAGAAACUCCUGAACGACUAUUUUGGCGAUGAAAACUUGAGGGAGUGUUGUACACACACAGUAGCAGACCUUGAAAUGCAAAAGAGGAUAACCGGGGCGGGUGCAGCAGUGAGUCGGCGGAGAGGGUUGAGUAACAGAUGAAGAAUGCAGUAGGCAUGCAGUGGUGGAGGGACAUGGAGUGGGAGGUCAGCACAUUUCAGACACCCUUGGCAAGGGGGAUUCCCAGGGGACUAUGAGUGCUGCGUGUUAUAUUUUUGGCACCGAACACCUCUGAGAAAAACAUCCCUGACAGAAACUUGAAUGACUCCUGAAAUAGAGUGAGGAGUUGGUCACAGUGCUGGUGAUCGUUCAACUAGGAGGAGAAAUGCUGACUAGGCUGUAUUAUUAUUAUUGUACUACAAGAAAGUAACAUUCAUGAUGAAAGUCCUAGCAUAGAUUUUAAAUGCAUGUCAAUAUUAUUUAGUGUGAACUUUGUUAGACUGUAUUAAUCCUGUUCUUCGCUUUUUCCAGACGUCAGACGGUGACUAGCACCCCCUGCUGGAUAGAGCUGCACCUCAACGGCCCUUUGCAGUGGCUUGACAAGGUCCUCACACAGAUGGGUUCUCCCAGCAUCCACUGCUCCAGUGUGUCAUAGAAGAUGCUCAUGCCUUAAAAGGAGCGCACAUUCACACUGACACUUAUUCACAAAUCACGUAGGAGAACUCAGGCGUCUCUCAAUAAUGAAAAGGGAAGAGACACCAGUCAUAAAAAUGGAUAUGACCCUCGUCCCCUGCUGUCAAAUGUUUCACCUCUCAUCUGUAGCACUUUCCUUAGUUCCAUGUGGUGUCUCCAUUUGAUGUUCAUUUUAGGACUUGUACAUUGUUUUGUGUAUUCACAAGGCAGCCACAGGGUGUUGGCAAAAGUUUUCAAACGGGAAUCCAUGAAUCAUUCAGACAUGCCUAUUAUGUUCAGUGUGGAAUUAUUUUUCCUUCUGUAAAAAGAAAAAGAAAUUUUAAAGUUGAAGUAAUGUUAGUUUUAGCUACAUUAUCAAAACAUUUCAAAAUGUUUGAUUCCAUGAAUUAGCUCUAAUGAUGACAAGGUUAUCAUUACUGGUGUAUCAGUGUCUCAGUACCACUUUGUGAUCAAUGAAUAAGCAAACUUAUUUAUCAAUUGAAACAUAAAUUAACAUUUCAUUCUGAGAAGUGAUUAUAUAGAAUAUAUGUGAUAUUUUAAGUACAAGGUACUUAAUAUAACCCAUAUUGAUUUAUCAAUGAAAGUCUUGAUUAUUUCCCUGAUCUUAUGAUUGGUAUUUUAUCUAUUUUAAACAAAUCUAGACAUUAGAAUCAUUGUUUCUUGAAAAGAACCCUUGUAUGAAAACUAUUUUGCUCAGUGAAAGACAUUUUAUAAGUUAUUUUUGCAUACUGUCCUGCAUGGGAAUAUAUAUUUUUUAUUGCCUCAAUUUGAUUGUACAUAAAUAUUUAUAGCUUGUGAUUUCUUGUAGUCAUUUUGCUUGAAACAUUGGACCUGACUGACCUCUGGCAUGACUAUACCCACAAAAAAAACAACAAAAAAACAAAAAUAACUUAUGCUUUAAUGACCCAAAACUUAGCCAAUUCAAAAGCUGGUUAUUAAAUCGUGGGUCAACUGUUUCUGUGUGUGACACAGGAUUAUUGUACCAGCUUUUACUCUUAUUUCAUACUAUGGACAAAGAAUAUAGCAAAGUAUUACUGAUCGAAGUGGAAUAGUUGAAGAUAAACACUCUUUCUACAGUGUUGUUCAUCCAUCGGUGGUAUGUUGAGCGUGAACAAAUGCAGGUUUUCCACAUAUUACCAUUUGUUAACCAGUAGUACACUAUGCUCCUUGUGGGUAAAUGAUGCACUUCGGAUCUACUAUGUUGAUGAGUGUAAAGUUUAGUUGUAGCGGUAGUUUGCUUGUCCAGUAAAUACUGUAUGCUACACGUACAUUGCUACAAAGCACGUGUUCUAUGCUUGGUGUCCUUGGUCAUUGUCUAUGAAGCCACCAUGUUUAGCUUGCACUUACUCACAGUACAAAAGACUGAAUCACCAUGUUAUCUACCUUAUAAUAGAUACAUGGUACUAAACUGAAAUACUGUGUAUUAGUGUUAGGUAGCUAGUAAACCCGUAGUAGUAUUUGUGUUCCUUGAUAUCUUUAGUUUUUGGUUUUCUGUUCCAAGUCUUAUUUACAUGGUUUUUCAUGUAGCUUAAUAUUUGUUCUCAAAUGAUUAUUGUUUUGUUAUCUGGGAAAGAUGAAUAAAUUGCUACUGAAUAAAAAGA